AGUAGGCUCCUUACUAUAUGUGCUGCUCAUCAGGCUUAUUUCGGUGAUCGACUUUGCGAAGGCAGUGACUCUCACCUUGAGGUCGUUUUCAGAGUCUUUGUGUAACUGCAGCAGUGAGGGUGUUCUAGACGUGGAUGACUGUGACAAGAAAACAGGCCAGUGUGUCUGCAUGUCAGGGUACACUGGGCUGCUGUGUGAGGACUGUGAGGAAGGACACUUCACCAAUGGCACCACUGGCUGCAUACCCUGCGGUUGUGACUCCUACGGCGCUGUCAACCACCUAUGUGACAGCUCAGGGAUGUGUGUGUGUAAGACGGGAGUGUACGGGCCCAAGUGUGACGAGUGCCACCCAGGCUUCUUCCGUUUCAGCAGCACUGGGUGCCAACCCUGCCAGUGCAACAGCCUUAGUAACUACUGCCACCCGCAAUCUGGCAUCUGUCUGAACUGCCAGGGCAACACUCAAGGACCCAACAGUGCGGAAUGCAAGCCCAGAUUCUACUGCAGCUCUGGUGCUGCCACUACCGAUGCCUGUGUCCCCUGCCCCUGCUCCAACACCACCUCCACUGGCACCUGUCACACUGAUUCUGAUGGGUUCCCAGUGUGUGACCAGUGCCUGUCUGAAUACAGCGGUCAGCAGUGUAACCGGUGCAAGGCUGGCUUCUACAGUGCCAACAGUGGGUGUGUCCCCUGCGACUGCAGUGGGAACGCAGACCCUAUGGGCCCGGCCCAGCUCUGCCACCCUGACACUGGCCACUGCCUGAGCUGCACCAACAACACCACGGGGCCUCAAUGCCAGCUUUGUGCCGCCGGCUUCACAGGGGACGCCCACGCCCACAACUGCACCCGCCCAGCAUCACGGAUAAUUCCUACGCCAGAGCCUGUGACAACAACCGAGGCCCCUAAAACCAACACCACCACCCCUGCUCCAACCCCCAGCAGCAAGGGCCUGACCUCCACGGUGCCCACCAGUUUUCCCCCCUCCACCACCAACUCCAGCACCCUGCUGAGCGUAGCAACCACCCAGGCCCUGCUCACCAGCCUGGGCAGCCCCUCAGACAACACCACAGCCGCCCUCACAGAGGUCUCCUGGACCCAGUUCAACAUCAUCGUCCUGGCCGUCAUCAUCCUUGUGGUGGUGGUGCUUCUGGGCUUUGUGGGAGGGGUGUACACCUACCGAGAGUACCAGAACCGCAAGCUCAACGCUCCCUUCUGGACCAUCGAGCUGAAGGAGGACAACAUCAGCUGCAGCAGUUACCAUGACAGCAUUCCCAACGCUGACGUAUCGGGCUUGCUGGAGGACGAGGCCAACGAGGUGGCACCCAACGGCCAGCUGGCUCUCACCACCCAGGGCAACUGCUACAAGGCCUAGCCCACAGGGCAGACAGACUGCACACUGCGUACAGACUGGACACACCGAGAGGCUUCCGGCCUGGCUGCCUGCCUCACAGGACAGAGACAUGAAAUGGAUAAAGACUUUCAAAGCUGCUGGACACCAAACCCAAAGCCAAUGUGUAACUCGAGAUUCUGCAUAAGGCCAUUUGAACCAACAGACUGACAGAGGAAAAAGGGAUGGUAUGUUUCUGUUGGUUUUGUCCUGGCAAAAGAUUACAAGAUUAUUUUACGUUUUGGGCUCCAUUUCAGAUUUAAGUGAUUCAUGUAAAAGAAGAAGUCAAUGAAGGGUCCAAAGAAGAGUAGACUGUUUUACUUCAGUUGUGCCUGCAGAGGGCACUGUUAAAGACGUGGAUGGUUGUGGUAAUGGGGUGUUUGCCCAUGCAAGAGUAGAGGACCAUGUCUCUGUUGUAUGGACACUGUUCCUUAUGCAGCUCAAUGGACAUCAGACCACUCAUCAGGAGACCGAGCAUUUCAGAACCUUUUAAAACAGACUAAUAGUUUAAGUUAUAACUUGAACAGAGAUCUGGUCCAGACAAUGAUUGUUAUUUAAUUAAUUGUAUUUAUUGUUUCAAGUUUUGUUCUUGGGAUAAAUGUUCCACGUGUAAGAUGGUACAUGGUAGGUGGAACAUGGUAUUUUAACUUGUGUGCUAUAUUAAGAAGUGCAAAAUGAUUUCAUGUAUAUGUAUUUUUUGUUAGUUAUUGGGAAAAGUGACGGCUGCUGGCUUAAUGACCUCGUCUUUUGUUUUCGGUUGUAUCCUGGAUGAAGAAUUGCCAGGUCCUAACCUUGAGUAUUAACAAGGAGUGUUUAGAUGAUAAAACAAGCAUACCUUGUAUCCUCUCUCUACUCAGUACUGUGCAGGGCAGUCUGUCCCAUUGCUUGUUAUGAUCAUCACUUUGAGCUUUUUACUGAUGGUGUGCUAAUCUGCUGGUUUGAGAAAUGUCUACCUCAACAGAAGUUGUUGAACAUGUUCUUGCUCAAAAAGUAGUCCUAGUCUAUUUAAGCAGGUUUCAUUAAGUAAUCCACUUCUAGGACAAAAUUAUGCCAGCCUCAAUUUCUUAUGUAGUCUUAUCAGUACAAAAUAGACUGAUCUUGGUAAUGUAUUGCUGGCAGCAUCACUAUUAAUCCUGCUCGUGCUUUUAUGUUGUUUAUAAACUACAAUGAUAUCUAGGAUUUGUUUCUGUAAAAAGUAUAAUUAAUGGGUUAAGUUAUUAAGGGAACUCACUCCUCAGGUACUGCCUCUUUCCCCAGUGUGAUCACUGUAAAUAAGAGUAGGACAUUGUACAGAUGAAUGUGAAUAGGAUCAUUAUUAUUGUACAGGUAGAGUGCACUCAGAACAGUCGGUACCCGUACACUAAAAGGCUCCAAUAUGGUCUGGGCACAGUCCACACAGGAAAUGAAUUAUAAAAAGACCUACCCUCUGUAUUGUCUUGCAGGAUACAUGUCAUCAUCCCUAACUACUGUUUUCAGUUAAAUUAUUCAUGGGAAUUGUGUAAAUACCACAAACUGAAAAUGUCACACACAAUGCUAAAUAAAAGAGGGUUUCUUGCUUA